GCUCAGGAAAAAAACAACACACCGUUGUUUACUUUUGACACAUACCCAGUGAACCAGAAGUAUUAUCAAUUGGUGUAAAGUAUUUUAAUUGCUGUAAUUCAAUUCGAAACACACGAAAUGUGGUCUUAAAACAGCACAUAACAAUCUAAGCAUUAGCUUACACAAGCAGAGGUGUUCGGAGCAAAGAAGGCUGGCAAAACAUAGAAGGAAAGUGUGGAAGUGUUUGCUCAUGUGAUCAUCGUGAAGAGGAGAGCGCAAUGACGACUUCUUGUAACUGAUCCAUUGGAUUACGAACACGUGUACUAAUAAGCUUCUAGUCACGUUUGGGAGGAAAAAUCGAAUCGUACCGUAACGGCUGAUACACGCAUUAUUGAAUAAAAUCGAGGUAUAGCUGUAAAUCGUCCCUGAAACAACGCAGAUAGACACUGCAUCGUCACAAUCAUGGAGGUGAACAAGGAUGAGGCGAAACGGUGCAUCGAGUUGGCAACAAGCUUCAUGAAAGUGGGCAAUAUGGAGAAAGCGGAAAAGUUGCUGAAAAAAUCCCAAAGUUUGUAUCCACUGUCCCAGGCGGAAGAGCUGCUGAAGCGGGUGAAGGCGGCCGGAUCGAAACCCAACACAGCACAUGCGGGUGGAACCGGUGGGACAUCGAAUGGGGGAUCGUCCGCCCGUAAACGUCCGGUUCAUCGGGAGGAAGAAAAACCUGCGGAACCAAAGCUGAACGUUGAUUACACCCAGGAGCAAGCGAAUGCGGUCAAGCGCGUUCAGAAGUGUAAAGACUUCUAUGAAGUAUUGGGAGUGUCGAAGGAAGCAACCGAUUCGGAGAUUAAGAAGUGCUACAAGAAGCACGCACUACAGCUGCAUCCGGACAAGAACAAAGCACCCGGUGCAAUGGAAGCGUUCAAAUCGCUCGGUAACGCGGUUGAAACGUUAACCGAUCCGCAAAAACGGAAAGCGUACGAUCUUUACCGUACGACUGGGGGUGGAUCGUCGGGCACCCGGACGCGAACACCAAACGGAGGUUUCACGUACGGCCAGAAUGGAUUCAACUUCCAGUCCGACUUCGAUACGGGUAUGAAUCCGAACGAUCUGUUUAACAUGUUCUUUGGCAGCGGGUUCCCACAGCAGCAGCAACAGCAUCAGCAACAUCACUAUUACCGAACACGCACCGGGCGUGCCUCGCAGUACGACGACCGAAACGUUAGUCAACCGAGUCUGAUUUUUGGACUGAUUCUGUGUUUCAUCGUCAUUUCGCUUCUGUCGACCUUCUUCGCUUCCGAUCCGGUGUACAGUUUGCAGCAAACGGGAAAAUUUUCGGUCGCACGUCAUACCCUCAAUCUGAAGAUACCGUACUACGUCAAGAACAAUUUCCUAAGCGAAUACCAGGGCACUUUGGCACGGCUCGAACACUCGGUUGAGGAAGAGUAUGUGACGUACAUGAAGCGAGCCUGUAGCAACGAACGGACGUAUCGAGAUGCAAUGAUUGGGCGGGCGAAGAGCUUUGGCAGCCGGGCACAGUUCCAGCAAGCGCAGCAGCUUAAGAUGCCCUCGUGUGAUGCACUUUACCGGUUGGGUAUCGGGGUGGUAAAGUACUGAGGUGGUGCAAACGUACGUGAAAUAAUACAGUAAGGUUGCGUCAAAAAAAAAAAGCUACCGAACAAAAAAAAAAAAAUUCAGCCAGUUGUAACGGGAUUCUCCUUUUGUUUUGCUCCAUCUCGCUUCGUUCCUACGUACAAUCGAUCGAUAUUGGAUUAGUUUCACAACGGUAAGCUAAGCACUGCUAUCCCAUGAAAUGGAGCAUUUUGUAGGAAAUUUGUUGUCUGUAGGGCUAUUUUGGGUGGGGUUGAUGUGUUAGUUUUGUAAUUUUAAAUCAAAUAAAACCAUUGUAAUACGUUA